CAACUCCAUUCUUAAAGCCCCAAAAGCAAUAAAAAAUAAAACUUCGAUACAUACAUCUAUACUAGCAUUAAGGUUGAGCGCGAUGGCGGUGUCGGCGGCGAACGCCUGUUUAUUGCAGUUGGACAACGAGGAGCACUGGUUGCACCGGGUGCGGCAGAGCCUGGAGCGGGACACUGCCGAGGAGCUAGGCACGGCGGCCAAGGUGCUCGACGUCCCGCGCACCUUGCGCGACACGAAGCCGGAGUUGUACGCGCCGCAUCGCUUCGCGCUGGGGCCGUACCACCAGGCCCGCGCCGACCUCAUGGGUAUGGAGCGCUACAAGCUCGCCGCCGCCAAGCGCGUAGAGAAGCUCUUCACCGGCGACCGCAAGAUCGACCAACUUGUGCAGCGCUUCCUCGGCCUCGUCGGCGAGAUACGAGUGAUGUACCACAGGUUCCUGGAGAUAAACGAUCUGACGCUAGCUUGGAUGAUGGCCAUCGAUACGUGCUUCAUGCUCGACUUCCUCGAGAACUACCACCGCGAAGAGACCACGGACAUGGUGUCCUCGGCCACCAACUGGAUCAAUUCCGUCGUGCGCGACUCCAUGAUGCUUGAGAACCAGAUCCCGCUCUUCCUCUUCGCCAAGACUCUCGAGCUCCGCAACGCCACCGAGCUGGAUGCCGACAACGUGGUGCCCGCCGUUUUCGACCGGUUCAUAAAAAAUGUGUCCCCCAUCAAGAUCAAAGCCGACCUGCCCAUCGGCGACUUGGGCAAACAUGCGCACCUGCUCGACCUCCUGUACCACUUCCUCGUCCCGAACGCGACCGUCUACGACGAGAGUAGCGGCGGCCAGGACCGACCAGGCCGAUUCCAAGAGGUCUGCCACGACGACCUCGAGAAGCAGGAGCUCCCGGACUACGACAAGGUGAAGCAGGCGUGCGUUCGCGUGUGCAGCCUCAACGUGGCACCGGUGCGGUUCCUCAAGAAGAACCUCAUCUCCCGGCCGAUGAGCUUGGUGUCGAACCUCUCGGGGAAGAUCACGCGCAAGGUGCCGGUGCUCGCUGCACUGGUGCCGGCCGUCGGCAAGCUGAUGCAGUCCGUGGACGUGACGGAGCUGCUCGAGGGCAUGAACCUAGGGGGCAUGGUGAACUCACCGCUGAUGGCACAUGAGAUCAAGAUCCCGUCGGUGGAGCAGCUGGUCCGGUGCGGCGUCCGGUUCGUGCCGGCGCAAAAGGGCAUCGCAGGGAUUGCCUUCGACGGGGCGACAGCGACGCUGAGCCUCCCCGCCAUCACGCUGGAUGGCAACACGGAGGUGAUCCUGCGGAAUCUGGUGGCCUACGAGGCCGUCGCAGUGCGCGGGCCGCUAGUGCUCGCGCGGUACACGGAGCUGAUGAACGGCAUCAUCGACACGGGCAAGGACGUGAAGAUCCUGCAGCAGAGCCGCGUGGUGACGAACCAGAUGAAGAGCGACAAAGAGGCGGCAGGCAUGUGGAACGGGAUGUGCCGGGCGAUGCGGCUGAGCAAGGUGCCGCGGCUGGACGGCGUGAUACGGGCGGUGAACGUGCACCGGAACAAGAACAAGGCGGUGCGGGCGAAGAAGCUGCUUAAGAAGUACGUAUUCGGGUCGUGGAGGAUGCUGACGCUGCUCGCCUCCGUCGUGCUGCUGCUCAUGACGGCGCUGCAGACCUUCUGCUCCGCCUACCCGUGCAAAGACAGCUGGUUCGGCAGCCUGCUGGAGCUGCCGCUCAAUCAAGAUGGAAAAUAGAUAUAACUACUAAUUAUCUACUAUGGCAUAGACGUAACAGCCCAAAUCACUGAGCCUGAAAAAUAAAUUUAUUUUAUAAAGAAAACAAAUAUGCUAGCUAGAUAAAACUUAAGGAGUGUAUAUGUGUAUAUGUACAUGAGUGUGCAUAUACAUAUACAUAAAAAGAGGUUAUCCUUUUAAUGGAAAUAUAAAUGUGUGUGUGUGUGUAAAUGAUUGGUUGUUUGAAUUGGUUGCUUAUAUAAGUAUAUGUGUUGUUUAA